GAGCCAUCGACGUCUCUUGAAAUCAACUCUAUCCCACCUUAUCCGGCCAAUCCACCACCGUCGAGAUGAGGGCCAAACGUUCCAAGAAGUACCGCAAGCUGAUGCACCAGUAUGAGCUCACAUUCGGGUUCCGUGAGCCGUACCAAGUUCUGGUGGAUUCGAAUUUCCUGCGCGCAGUGCACAGUUUCAAGAUGGAGUUGAUACCUGCGCUGGAGCGCACAGUGCAAGGGAAGGUGAAGCCGCUCCUCACGAAAUGCUCCCUCGCUGCGAUCAUGGCCAACCAACCCCUCCACCCCCGCACCAACAACCCGAUGCGUCCCCAUUUCCUGCCCCCACCAACGGAGGUGCCCCUCCGCCACUGCUCGCACAACGAGGACUCGACCCCGAUCGACGAGGUCGAGUGUCUCCUGUCGCUGCUGUCGCCGACCACGGAGGUGAAGAAGAACAAGGAGCACUACAUCCUCGCGACGGCGGACGCGCCGGCCGCGGCGGAGAAGGAGAAGGAGCGCGCGGCGAUCGCGGCGGGCAGGAAGCGUAAGCGCGGCCCGGACCGUGAGGCCGAGACCGCCAUCCAGAAGUCCCGGGAGCUGCGCCAGGGCGCGCGCGCCAUCCCCGGCGUCCCGAUCGUGUAUGUCAAGCGGUCCGUCAUGGUGCUGGAGCCCAUGAGCGGCCCGUCGGAGGAUAUCCGCGACGGCGUCGAGCAAGGCAAGUUCCGGGCGGGCUUGAGUGAGGAGGCGCGGAAGAAGGCGGAGGCUAAGGCUGCGGCCGCGGCCUCGGGGGAUACCAAGAACAACAGCGGCAAGAAGCCGGGGAUGAAGAAGGCCAAGGGGCCGAAUCCGUUGAGUAUGAAGAAGCCGAAGAAACGGACCGCGGAGGGUGGUGCUGCUGCCACGGCGGCGCCUCAGCCGAAGCGGAAGGACGCUGAUGCUGAUGGAACCGAGGGAGGGAAUGCGGCGGAGGGGGGAGCCGAUGCUGAUGCUGAUGCUGCUGCGCCCAAGGCGAAGCGCAGACGUCGUCAUCACAACAAGGGUGCUAAGCAGGAGGAUGGCAAUGAAGCUGGCGAGUCCGCUGCUGCUGCGGUUCCGGCUGCGGGCGAUGCCAUGGAGGAAUGAUCUGCUUCUUUUACCCGGCUUGUGCUUUUCUGCUUGGUUUUUGUGUUGCUUUUUCUAAGUAUGGCGUUCGGCUUGGGAUGGAAGAGAAAAAAUGUGUCCAUAUAUGUAUGAGCAGUGAGUUGUAUAUCCAAUCAUUGA